AACAUGUCGCGCAAGAGCAGCAAGAGCAGCUCGGAGCGGGAGUUCGAGGUGUGCGCCGUGAGCGCCACCAGCACGCCCAACAAGGACUCCUCCCGGCGUUUUCAAACUGUGGAAACGUCUCUCCGCUCGUUUGCGUGCAGUCCCUCGAGUGCCGGCGGUGGUGGCGGCUCUCCCAGGCUCAGCCCCGUGUCCCCGGCGACGCCCAGCUCGGCCAGGAACGUCCAGUUCUACACGGCCAGGCAGGACCAGCGGGAGCGGCGGAGACCCUCGGCGGGUUCCACUGGCAGUGGCGGAGCGAGGCGCGGCGGCCGCGCCAACGCCAACGUAUCCAGGAAGCUCUUCGGCGACCUCUCGGAGUAUGAUGACCUUGGGCUCGGCUCGGCGGAAGGAGCGUGGACGCACGACUCCGUGGCUCGCCUGCUCCGGGAGGAGGCCGAGGACAUUCGUCUGGCGUCCUUGCUGGGGCGGUCGACGGCCGGCGGUGGCCUCGACGCGAGCUUCGGCCCUCCCGGUCCCCGGUUCCCGCUGACGGAGCCCGUGCGGCACGCGCAGAAAGACAUGCGCGCCAUGCCCGUCGGGGAGAACGUGCUGUACCACGGCGAGGGUGAAGAGCCCGGCAGCCUCACCCCCGCCGAGGUGGCCGCCAUGAUGCACCGCCUGGAGCACGGCGUCAGCAUGGACGCGCCCCCCGAGCAGUUGUUCAAGUUCCUGUUCCCCAACGUGUCCAAGACCAAGGCACGGCUCUACGCUCAGGGAAGUGAGCAGGGCGCGGAGCAAGCAGCCAGUAAGGGCCUCAGCCGCAACGACAACACCCUGCACAAGGCGGAGCCCUGCCCCAUCGUGUGCUUCGGCGGCGGCUACCCCGGCGACCUCCUCAAGGCCCAGACGCUGGUGCAGCUCAGGGGGGACGCCCCGCCGCCGUGGUUCCCAGGGUACUUCAUGGCGUUGCCGCAGACGGGCGGCGCCGUGCGUGUCAUGCAGUCCCCCGCACAGGUGCUGCAGGCCGCCUACAGGGCUGCGGAGCCUGCCAACGUACCGCCCGAAAGCCGCUUCGUUUACUGAGGGUACAGGCCACACAAUCAAACACCUCACAUGAUAUU